AUGAAUGCACUAGGAUUACAACUUGGAAGGAUAUACAAACACAAAAGAUGUACUCAUCAUGUUACAGACAAUUUUUCUUCAAAUAUAUUAAAUGAUCAUUUAAGUCCAAAAAACUCUAUUAAAAAUGAAAGUAUCUAUGAAAUUCAAUCAAUAGCUAGUGAAUUAUCUGCAACUACUACAAAUCCACCAUCAACAAUAGCAAUAGCUGAUUUAGAUACUGAUGAAAUGCCAAUUCGAUUUCGUUUAUGUUUUAUAUUCAGAGAUGCAAAUAAAUCAAUUGUUUUUUCCGUAUCAUGUCUUGAACGUUAUCAAUUAGUAAUUACACAAACAGCAUCAAUUAAUUCUGAAACAACGUAUUUAAUAACGAAUGAUGAUAAACAUACAUUACAUUCACCAUUAUCAAUGAAAUUAAUUGAAGCUAUAGCUAAUCAUUGUUUUUAUGUUUCAUAUCGUUGGUUAAUUAAUUAUAUUAAAUAUGAUCGAAUUGUUGAUAAAGGUGCAUAUGAAAUUGAAGGUGAUGAUACAGGUUAUCAUUCUCAAGAUGGUCCAAAACGUUCACGUUCAAUUGAUAAACGUCAGUCACUUUUUGAAUAUAUAUGUUUUAUGAUCAAAUGUACGGAAAACAAUGAAAUCAAAAUGGCAAAUGAUCGUUUACAAGAUUUAAUCACAACAGGUGGUGAACGAAUAAUAACAUACGUGACACAAGGGGCUUACCUGAUCAAUUUGAAAUUGUUGUUCUCUGUGAUAAAUUAUAUGUAUCAGAACGAAGUCAUAAUUAUGAUCAAUGUCGUUCAUUAG